AUGCCUCGUGCUGAUCAGAAAUUAACAGCUCACGAACAAGCCUGGGAGCGCGCAGAGAUCCUUCAUCGUGAUAUUAGCAUCGGCAAUAUCAUUAUCGACAUCGACUCGUUGGCCACCAAGCGUCCCAAGGGACUCUUAUGCGACUGGGAUUUGAGCAAGAGCAAGGAUAGGAUCGGCCGCACCACUCAGACUGUGCGAUCGGGAACGUGGGCAUUUAUGUCCGGUCCGUCACUUGCUUAUCCACUGAAGCCUCCGGAGGUGUCCGACGACCUAGAGUCAAUCGUCAAUCUCAUGUAUUGGAACGCCUUACGGUUUCACAAGCGCGACUUAUCGGACUCGAAGUAUUGGAACGCCGACGCGAAGGAAGUCGGAUACAACGACCGGCUAGCGAGAUUUGUGUGGAAAUUCUUCCUUGAUGACGAAAAGUAUCAGUCUACCCAAGGUGCGCUCUGGAUUGGCGGGGAGACCAAGUUCUACCGAUACUCGAAGCCCAAGCUGCCUUUCAGGCUGGCAAAGAAAGACAUGUUCAAGCUUCUUCUUGAAGAUUUGCACCAGCUCUGCUACAAACAUUAUCGGUCCCUCGACGAGGAUGAGUUGGAGAAAUACCUUCCACCCGCGCAGACAGAGGAGCCAAGCCCUGAAGCGAGUCCAAGCCCUGAAGCGGGUCCACUUAUGGAGAGACAGCUGAUCAGGGUCACACGGAGCCCACCCCCCUCGGAACUCGUCUCCGAUCCCCUUGCCAACCAUGCACAGCUGAAGGUCGUUCUCUCUUCGUUCGUCGAGAACCGUCAGGGCUGGUCGGCCAACGACAAGACUCCCGACCAGUUUGAAAACCUUCCCGACAUGAUCGUGGUUCCUGACAAGCAAGAAUCGUUCAUGUUUGGCAAGAGGAAGACCCGGGAAGACGACGACACCCAGGAACAGCCCAACAAGAUACGCCGUACACAGUGGAGCCGCUCCUAGUUCCAUGGAAACGAUGUACAUGGUCUUCGCUUACUUCUUCAUGACCCAAUCCAUACUCCUUUGCAUCCUGUUUAUUCUCUUUUCCUGACGCAGUGUUGCGACAACCGUCGUUUAUACGUUUCGGCGCUCGUAUGGUCAUUUUAAUGUCG